UAGUUUAUAUUUAGUGCUACUAUUGUUGACAUUGGAAAUACCAACCUUCUUCCCUCAUACCAAAUGGUUCCAAAUGAAGCCCAUCAGUAUAGGGGGAUUCUCCAAUUACUUCACUAUUUCAAAUGGAGAUGGAUUUCAUUCAUUGCUGCAAAUGGGUCGACAUUAGACUGGUUCAUGAAGAUAAUGAUCCCAGAAUUUUCGAAGAAAGGCAUAUGUUUUGCUGUCAUAGAGUCAUUUACUAAAUUAUGUUUACAUUAUAACACUAAAAAGGACACUUUUUUAAACUGUGCAUUUCAAUUGUAUGAUAAAGUCAUGAACAGCAAAACCAAUGUUAUAGUUCUUUAUUGGGAUCUAUAUCACAUGACAUUUCUAGGAGAUUUUCUAAGCAAAUCAAUUAAUGGAGGAAUAUCAAAGCCAAUAGGUAAAGUUUGGAUUCUGACAGUUGGAAUGGAAUUAAAAUCCCUUGCAAGUGGAUGGAACUGGGAUACACAAUUCCUUUGCACUAUAUCCUUUACACUUCACUCCAGAGAACUUCCAGGAUUCCAGCAAUUUCUUCAGAACAGAAAUCCUUCUAAUGCUUAUGGAGAUGGUUUCCUCAAAGAGUUUUGGACUCAGGCAUUUUGCUGCACAUUUCAGGAUUCCCUUCAGAGGAAUGUGACUGGAGAUAUCUGCACUGGAGAGGAGAGGUUGGAGAGCCUUCAUGAGCAUGUCCUCCCAGUGAGUGUAACAGGCCAAAGUUACAACAUCUAUAACACUGUCUAUGCUGUGGCUCAUGCUUUACAUACAAUGUAUUCCUCUAGGUCCAAUAAUAAGGUAUUAAGGAAGUCAGGGAGAAGGCAGCCAUUGUGGCAGCUCCAUCAUUUUUUGAAAUUUGUGUCAUUCAAUAACACUGUUGGAGAAAAGAUUUCCUUUGACCAGAAUGGCGUACUAGAAGUAGGAUUUGACAUCAUAAAUUGGGUCACAUUUCAAAAUGGAUCUUGGAUUGGAGUCAGAAUUGGAAAGCUGGAUCCCUGGGCUCCUCCAGAUGAAGCAGUCAGCAUUGAUGAAGAUGCCAUUGUAUGGUCUAACUGGUUUAAUCUGACGCAGCCUCUUUCCCAGUGCAGUGCCAACUGCCAACCUGGUUAUAGGAAGAAAAGGAAGGAAGGUCAAUCCUUCUGUUGUUAUGAUUGCGUUCCAUGUCCCAAAGGAUUCAUAUCUGAUAAAGAAGACUCAUCUGAAUGUUUCAAAUGCUCAGAUGAUCAAUAUGCAAACCUGGAUCAGAAUUCAUGUUUUCCCAAGACAAUAACCUUCCUAUCUUAUGAAGAACCAUUAGGUAUUAGUUUAGCCAGUUGUGCUGUUUUAUUUUCUUUCACUGUGGCUGUAAUAUUAAGAAUAUUUAUGAAGCAUCACAACACUCCAAUAGUAAAAGCAAACAACCAAAGCUUGACCUACAUUCUGCUCAUCUCUCUGCUCCUCAGCUUCCUUUGUACCUUGAUAUUCAUUGGCCAACCUAAGAAGAUAACAUGUUAUUUACGUCAAAGUGUCUUUGGCUUUAUCUACAAUAUUGCUGUUUCUACUGUAUUUGCAAAAAACGUCACAGUGAUUCUAGCUUUCAAAGCCACACAGCCAGGAUCCAGGAUCAAGAAAUGGAUGGGGAGAAAACUUACCAAUUCCAUUAUUCUUGCUUGCACCAUUAUCCAAGCAGGUAUUUGUCUUGUGUGGGUGGCAACCUCUCCCGCAUUUCCAGAGACUGACAUGCAUUCUUUGACAAAAGAAAUUGUGCUGCAGUGUCAUGAGUCACCACCCACAAUAUUUUAUGUUGUGCUGGGCUACAUGAGGUUUAUGGCCUUUGUCACUCUCAGCUUAGAUUUUUUAGCUCAUAGGCUUCAGGACACUUUUAAUGAAGCCAAACGUAUUACUUUCAGCAUGUUGUUGUUUUGCAGUGUUUGGGUAUCAUUUGUUCCAAGCUACUUGAGCACUAAGGGGAUGUCUGUUGCAGCUGUGGAAACUUUCUCUAUUUUAGCCUCCAGCGCUGGGUUACUCUUUUUCCCCAAAUGCUACAUUAUUUUAUGGAAGCCUGAACUGAACAAGGAGUUCUUCUUAAAGAGAAAGCACUGAAUCAUUGUUGUAGUAUGGCUUUCUAUAAUCAGUUCAUAAUUUCUCAAUCUCAAAAAGAAAUGCUUAGGAUGAGCAGAUUUGCCAUCUCUCUCUGGUAUUAGUUUUCAGAUACAUCAAUUUUCCUGAGUGCAUUGUUCUUUCUCUGAACUAUUUUUAUUUCCAUGUAUGUUUUUC